AUGGAUUCCGGCAAUAGCGGGAGUAUGCAGUCGUCAAGCGGCGGCGAUGAUCAGGAAUUCGAUUCCAGCUCCUCUUUCCUCACCGCUCCGAACAAUUUCGGCGGAAUUACCGCGCCGCAGUUUCUCUCUCAUCAAAGCCCCAAUUUCUUCGACCCUAAUCUCACGCAGAGCCUCGAUCACGCCGGGGGAUACGCCAACGCCAACGUCAACGACGGCGAUCUGAUUUGGUCGAGGGGAUUGAGAUCGGAGAAUCAAUCCGUCGCGAAUCUCGGGAAUUCGGCGCGGCCGGCGCGGCCGCAGCAGGUUGCGGCGGCUCCGCCGCCGCCGCAGCAGGCGAGAAACCUUAAGAAGCGGACGCGAGCGUCGCGGCGGGCGCCGACGACGGUGCUCACCACUGACACCACCAAUUUCAGGCAAAUGGUGCAGGAGUUCACCGGCAUCCCCGCCGCGCCGUUCUCCGGCGGUUCGCCGUACUCGCGGCGGCUCGAUCUGUUCUCCGCCGCAUCGGCGUUGAGAUCCGCCGUGCAUCUGGACGGCCUCGGGCCUCUCUACCCGCUUCGCCCCGCCGCGCAUAAGAUCCUCUCCCCGUUCUCCUCCUCCACCUCCGCCGCGCCGCCACCUCAAUUUCUGAACUCCACAAUGAUCGACGCCAUAGUUCCGACGAUGAUCGCAAACAACAACAACACCGCGUCCACAUCGAACGUCAGUCCGAACAAUUUCCAGCUCUACCAACACCACAGCAUUAUUACUCCACAAAUGAAUUUCUCGAAUUUGAGCGGCUUCCUCAACCGCGACGGCGGCGCAUCCGCCUCCUCCGCCGCGGCGCAACACGACGAUCUGAGCAUGUGGAAAAGCGGCGAAACGGUGAGGAAUAACGAUCCGAUUCAACAAAAUCUGCCUGAAUUCAACAACAACAAUAUAAACAGCGGUGGAUCGCAGAAUUACAAUUUGAAUGUUGCAGAAAAAGGAAUGGAGAAUGCUGCUUCGUCCACUGCUGAAGGUACAGUUGCUUCAUGGAUUUGUCCUUCCGAUUAA